CUCUUCCCGAGCCCCAGGCAGCGGCAGCAAGGACUCCAUAUAAACACGGGGCUUUGUUUCAUACGCACAAACACACACACACGCGCCGCUGUGUCUCAUUUCUCUAGUCAUGCCAUGGAUAUUUUGUGGCAAUACCAGUUUCGAAUAAUUCUUCUAGGGGACUCCACGGUGGGAAAGUCGUCGCUGUUGAAACGCUUCACGGACGGAAUUUACAGCGAUGUGGCGGAUCCAACCGUUGGGGUCGAUUUUUAUGCCCGUUCGCUUGAUAUUGAGCCCGGAGUUAAGAUAAAGCUCCAGCUCUGGGACACGGCCGGCCAGGAACGAUUCAGGUCCAUCACAACUUCAUACUACCGUAAUUCCGUUGGAGGGCUGUUAGUCUUUGACCUCACUAACCGCAAGACCUUUGACCAUGUGAGGGAAUGGCACAAGGAGGUGAGUGAGCAUAUCCUGCCUCAUCACAUGGUCUACAUCCUUAUUGGCCACAAAAGUGACCUCAACAAGGAUCGCAAGGUGAGUCGGGACGAGGCGGAGCAGCUCGCCGCCGACCUGGGCAUUCGCUACGUUGAAACUUCAGCGAAAUGCAACAGCAACGUGGACCGGGCAUUUGAGCUGCUAACAAGAGACAUCUACGAGUUAAUGAAGAUGGGAGAGAUCGUUACCCGUGAUGGCUGGGACGGCGUUAAAAGUGGCCUCACUGCCAAGGUCCUCUACCCAGGUGAGGAUGACGAGGAACUAGCCACUGCAUCUGCUGAGAAGGGCUGCCGCUGCUGACUGAGAACUCUUUGUGUCCAAACACUUUCCGAUCCCACUGUGAGGUCACUUUGUCUCACAGCCACCCAUCGAAACCAAAUCACUCAGGAUUAGCACCCUGUGAUAUCACCACGCAUCAGUUCUUCACUGUGUGAUUUGUGUCCUUUCUCUGUCUGGGUUGCUCUAUGAACUCGGCAGGUUGUUUCUUGUAAUCAAUGGUAGCAUGACUUGAGGUGUUCCUUGUUUGGUUUUUGAAAGAACUGUGCCAGUGUGAUCAUGCUUUGGGGCAUACUAUGUGGCCAUUUUCUCAGUACUGGAGCAAAUGGAAUACUUAAAGGAAGACUCGCGUUUUUGCGAUGCUUUAUCUGCAGUCUAUCUCAUUCUGACAUUCUAAAAAAAGGGAUUACAUCUAAAAAGUCAUUGAAAGCUAUCAAAUUAGUUGUGUUUACAUAUACAGAUCAGUAAAUGUCACAAAUGUCACCGUAUUCAAUCCGUGUGCUCCCCCCCUUGCUUUGUAAGCUAUUUGCACUCCAGACUGACGUAGAAUUUGAUUAUUUUGUAAAUAGAUGAGUAUUGUCUAUAGAUUGAAAAUAUUUGUAGUUAAGGUAUACACAAAGAUAGAUCUUUGUAAUUAGAAUAUCCCAUUCAGAUAACGGUAUAUCGUGUUAGCAAGAGGUUCAUCUCCCAGUCAUCAGACCUAUAAAAAUGAAAGAAAGGAAUUUGGCUUUAACCUGCAGCUGUUUACAGAUACAAUAGCCAUCUAUUGGUUAUGUGAAAAGAUCAAUCCUAUACAGUGACAGACCUGAAGUCUGAGAAGCACUUACUCAUAAAAUCCACUUUUAUACAUGUAUGUGUGGCUGACUUUAUGAUGUAUCAGUAUCAGAACUCUGGUGUGAAACCAAAUUAAAAAGCAAACAAAGAUGUAAUGUCUCAUGUAUGUGGAAUUGGCAUCAAGAUAUAAAAACAUCCCUUGAAUGGCUGUCCUUUUAUUUUGAAAAUAUGAAAUUCUCUAAGACAAUUUGUGCUCAUUAAGUUAUGUGUUUAAGCUUUAGCCAUAACGAUACAAAAAGGUAUGUCCAACAAUUUCCCACUGUUUUAUGCUAUCUUAACGCAAAGGAGAAUUAGCUAUAUUGUCACAAUCUAAAAAGUUCUACCUUUAUGCCCAAAUUGAACAAAUGAAGAUACAUCCCAUGAUGAUUAAUGAGACAUGUAACGUUCAAAAUUGUGUUUUAUGCCAUUUUCUGAGGUUGCAGUGCAAUAUUUUUUUAAUUAUGUUGUCACAUUGCCACUGGAAAAAGUGCCAUAGCACCUCAAUAGUGGCAAUAUAUUCUUUAUUUCAGUUACCAGUUUUAGAUGCGAUCGACUGUAUUUUGAUAUAAAUGGUACUGCGUUGCUCUUGCAUGUAAAUAUACAUUUGAAAACAAAUUGAAGUCAUGGCCCAUGUUUAAAAAUAUUUGAAUGAGCAUACAGUUUUUUUGCCUGAAACUCAUACUACAUAGCAAGUCAAGCUGAAUAUCACGCAAUGAACGGCUUUGUGAAUAUACAUUUCAAUUAGCAUGCUAAUGGUUUAACUUCCCAAAUAGCCAAAGUACGAAAUUAUUUGUCAAAUACCUACACAUCCCUAUUUCAAAUGCAGCCUAACAAGUUGUAUGAAGAGAAAUGGCAUAGGUUUUUGAUUAUGGAAGCCUAACCAUUGCCCUCCAAAAAUGUAUAUCUUUCCCCUGGGCUCAUAUAUUUGGGGUCAAUGCAAUGAUAUUUAAUUCCAUGCAACUGACAGCACAAGCUCAAGUGUUAGCCUGACAUCACAGUAUUAGAAACGUGUAACUCCGAAUAGCUCACUAAGUGGCACACAGGGUUGUCUUAUGUUAGAUUUUUCAAGUUAGUUUUAACAUGAUAUACCCAAAUAUAUUAAACGGAAAUUCUUUCCAGUUGUUUCCUUUAAACAUGUUUAUUUGCGUUAUCUGGGUCAGGAAGAUGCAAACUAGCUGGCGUUAAUUUCUUCUCACUAUUUAGCUGUUCUAAUUUCUAUAAAAUUGUUAUGAAGAUAUUAACUCACAUUAAUCUUAAAGGUAAAAAAUAAAGCUUCUCUUAAAAUAGUUGAACAGAAUCUUCUGUUAGCUGACGUAUGCUUAAACACCAUUAAUGCAACUAACAUUUCACUGGAGUGAAGGUAAUUUUUUAGGUUUUACCUGCUUCUUCUAAAUUCUUUUCUGUCUUCUAAGCAGUAAAUUAAUUCUUUCAUUGGGAAAUUUUAAACAUCGAAACUGAUAAUCUUCUGAUAUCAACUUUGUAGUGUACAACAGACCACUUGUAGUAUAGUAUUUUACCUCAUUUAGUAAUGCCACCUGCAUCUCACAAAAACACUUUUCCACACACAGGAGCAGGAUAUUAUGCAUUCAGCAGGCUUGACUUUGUAUUUGUUUUUACUUUUUUGACUCAUGUAUUAUCCAGGAAAGACAUUGUACAAUCUUUGGUUUCAGCUAAAUAUAUUGUAAAGAAUGUAUUUUGAUAACAGCAGCAUCCCUUUAUUUGAAAUUUUUUGCACAUAAUUAAAUUAGUUUAUUUCUAAUUAAACCAUUUUAUGCUGAAAUAAAGAUCACUUUAUCCGCUAAAUGCUUUUGUUUUUGUGACAAUCAAUUUUUUGUAUGUAUUUUAUUUCAUGCAGAAAAAGACGUUGUUGAGGGGCAUUUACACUUAAAUGUUACUGUAUCUCCUUUAAAAUUAAUCAGUAAGGGUAUGUCAUCUCUGUUACCUUUCACACUUGUCACUCUUAUGUAUGAGGGUUGAAAUGUAUGAUACUGUAUAUUAAUACUGUGCUGUUAGGAAACUGUUCUCCAGUGAGCAUUACUCCUGUUCCUAACUUCGCAUUAAGAUGGCAGACUUUAGUUUAAAUAUUAUUGUUAAAAAUAUAAUAGGAAGAAAUGUCACGUUGAAAGAUCAAAUCUAUGGGAAGAACAGAUGUAUUAUUAUAUGCCUCAAAAGCCAGUAUUAAAAAAAAUGCCAAAAAUUCAAUUGACACAUUUUGUUAAUCUUACUAUGUUAACAGUGACUGCUCUGAGGGAUGAUGAUAGUAAUCAUAGUGACUUCUGGUACUAAUUAACCUUUGUCCAGUUGUUAAAAGAAAGAAAUUGCAGAAAUCUGAGUACUUGCUCCCUUUCUCUCUUAAGCAUGAGAAAAACGAUUGAUAUCAUUCUCAUGUCUACAUGCUAUUUACAGAGUGGAGGUGACUAGCCUAGCCUAACAACACUCACUUCAAGAACUCACAUCAAUCAGAAUUUCAGAAUAUGUCAAUCAUGUUUUACCCCCCAAAUAUUAAGAGAAUCAGCUGGAUGUGAGCAAACAAGGGGAAGGUCUGAAGUUACACAGCUGAAGUUUGAAUUCAUUAUGUGAAACAACAAGUAAACAUGUUCAUACCAAAAGCCUAAAUCUAUAAAGUUAAAACUCGUAUGAUUUAUAUGAAGCUAGUGCAGUCUCAAUAUUCACAAGUGCAUGGGACUAAUGCACAGGAUGAUUUACAAAUGCACAAAAAAAGAUUUUAAAAUGCACAGAAGGAUUCACACAUGCACAGAACAAGAUUAACAUGUGUUUCUGAUGCAAGCGCAAAUACAUCUUGAUUUACAAACUGCUUCUGGUCUGUGGGUUUUGCUGCAUUUGUCUGUGAAUUUUAAGACUUCCCUGACAUAGCACUUGUCUUGUUCUGUCAUUUGUGAAUUGUUCAGCAUAGUUGUGAAUCUUGUUCUGUGCAUUUGUGAUUCAUUUUAUGCAUUUGUGAGUAUUGAGAGUGUAUUAGCUCAAUGUAAAUCAUUGUCAAUUAUGAUGUGAAAAUCUUAAAUAAUUUAAGUAAAUUCUUGGUUUAACUCUUUAAUAUGCAGGAAAGAGCAUAAAAAAUGCUUAGGUAUGCUCAUAUAUUUCAUGGAAUACAAGUGAACAAUUAAAUUCAAACUGAAGAAAUGAACAGCUUUCAAAAUUUCAGCCCAGCUAUUUUUAUUAUUAGACAGGAUUCAGCAGCAAAAAUUGUUUUUAUAGUUUGACAAACUAAAGCUGAAAUAUCACUUAGAAGGCGUAGAAAAGGCGUUUUUUGCUCUUUUUCUGCUAAUUCGUAUACUUUGCAAGGUUGUUAAAUUGAGAUGGCUAAUUUCAGAUGAUGUUACAAGGUACGUUCAAGUGUGAACUAACACUGACUCUAACCCAGAGGCAGAAAACUUAAUAGUAGUCAAAUUUGUAUUUUACAUAUAUUUUUUCUCAUAAUAAGUAUGUAUAAUCAUAAAGCAUACAUUUCAUCCAUGUUCUAUUUGUUGGUGUACAGUCACAGUUCACCCAUACAAGCCAAGAAAGGGAUAAGAAUAGAUUAUUUUCGAAAGUUGUAUUGAGAGUUUCAAUAAGAUAAAUAUUGAGUGAUAAGUGUUGUCAUUGAGUUUGAGAGUUAUAUGUCAUGGUUAAGAAAGAAAGCAAAUACAAACAUUUUAGAUUAUGAAACAACAGUAUAAUAUAAACUCAUUUCUUUUCUCUUUUUUUAAACUCCCUCAAGUGAAAUGUGCUAAAUUCAGCAGCCAUUUGGCUUGUACUACAAAAUACAUUACACAGCCUUAUUCAAGAACUGUUGCUAAUUUGAUAUAUUUGAUGUAGAAUUGAAUUGCCUUUUCACUGAUGUGAUUUGACUAAUUAGUUAAAGAAAUAAAUAAAUAAAUGUCCAAUGAAUUAUCACUUGCUUUGGUUUUGCUUUGUAUAAAAAAGGAUCAGUUCCAUCUUGUAUCACAGUGAGGAAGGAAUGUGAACCAAAUUGGUUGCUGUAAAAAUAACAAACAUACAAAUAAAAUACAGUGAGAGCAAGUUGUCUGAAUAUAACCAGAUGUGUGACUUGUGUUUGUUGUUCCUGGUUUCUUUUUUAUUCAAU